ACAGUCAUGCGGCGGCGUCGCGGUACGUUUGUACUGCGGAAAGUUUCCAGCUGAAAUCCUGCGAUAUUCACAACGACAUGACAGUUAAAACAGCUUUUAAGCAUCACCGGCACCUGUAGCGUUCAGAAGAGACAGAGCGACUCGCAUCCCUCCUCUGAUUGGACAGCAGGGAUUCAGAGUCUCUGGACGUCAUGGCAACAGUAUCCCGCCGGUCAUGGAUGUGAGUGAUGAGUUCGACAGCGGGAUGGAGCCCACAGAUGAGCUCGCGUCGUUUGAGAUGGUCAACCUGUCGAACCCGGGCCUGCUGGAAGUCGACGGACACAUCCAGGAGUCAAAAGACAAGGCCAAACUCAAAACCAAACUCAUUUCAGCGUGGAAUAACCUCAGAUAUGGAGGCUGGUCUCUGAAGGGCAAGCCGCGUCUCAGUAAGAGCAGUCCCGUGUGUCUGCUGGGACAGUCCUAUCAGCUGAGCUACAGCGGAGAGCGGGAGAGUUUUCGGUGGGCGUUCUCCUCUCUGCUGUGGAUGACCUACAGGAGAGGUUUCCCUCCGCUGGACGGCUCGGCGCUCACGUCUGACGCGGGAUGGGGCUGCAUGCUCCGCAGCGCACAGAUGCUGUUAGCUCACGGACUAAUGCUGCACACGAUGCCCGCGGGCUGGACGUGGCCUGCGACCCAUCAUCAGACCAAAGAUGACCUGGAGGUGCUGGACGAUUCCCUCAGAGAGAGCCGGCGUGACUCGGGAAAACCUCGCAGACGCAGUCUGGGAACCACGUUAGACUGCGAGGCUCAGGAGGAGCUGACUCACAGGAGGACCGUGUCCUGGUUCGGCGAUCUGUCCUCCGCCCCGUUCGGUCUGCACCGGCUGGUGGAGUUGGGCCGGGCCUCUGGGAAGAGGGCGGGCGACUGGUACGGAUCGGCCAUCGUGGCCCACAUACUGCAGAAGGCUGUGGCAGCGUCCGAGGUGUCCGAUCUGGCGGUGUACGUGGCACAGGAUUGCACAGUGUACGUUGGAGACGUGUUAAACCUUUGCGGGACGUCCCGUACGGAUCUCUCAGCGAGGUGUAGGUCUGGCUGGAAGUCGCUGGUUCUGCUGGUGCCUGUGCGUUUGGGGUCGGAAGUGUUGAAUCUGGCUUACACCCAAUGUGUCAAGAGGUUGCUGGAGCUGCAGUGCUGCAUGGGAAUCAUCGGAGGGAAACCCAAACACUCGCUGUUUUUCGUGGGAUUCCAGGAUGAUCAUCUGAUCUAUUUGGAUCCUCAUUACUGUCAAACUACGGUAGACGUCCAGCAAGACAACUUCCCUUUAGAGUCGUUUCACUGUAAAACUGUCAGGAAGAUGCCGUUUAACCGCAUGGACCCGAGCUGUACGGUGGGUUUCUACGCCGCCAGCAGGGGGGAUUUCCAGACUCUGUGCUCAGACGUCACUGAGGCUCUGACAUCAUCGGAGGAAAAGUACCCCAUCUUCACAUUUGUGGAGGGUCACAAUAACGCAGAGAGAAGCUGUACGUCAGACUCAGUCACUCAUAUAAAGACCAAAGACCGACUGGGCCGAAUCAAAAAGAAAAGCUGUUUGGAUGAAUUUGUGCUCCUGUGAUGCACACACUUUAUUUCCUGUUUGGAUUAUCCAGUACUUCCUCCAAUUUGAGUCAUGUGAUCAAGAUUGCCACACUCACUGGCAUGUCAAGGAGAGCUGGACUAUUUUGUGUGUCCAAAACGUGAAACGUGAGUUUUUACAGACUGCUGCUGUUAUUUUCUUGUUUUUCUGUAGUUGUCAUGUGUAAACGCACCAUACAGGAGGAUGUGAAGAGUUCGGGGAGCAGGUGGCUAAGCAGAUUAGCGUGGCUGUGUUUGGUGUGACGCUAAUGACAGCAGACGAGAGCUGCUGACGUUACUCUUUGACAGGCCAACAUGUGAUUUGGCUGCUGUAAACACUGUGAUUUAGUCUCUGUUUAUGUGUUUUGCUGUUUGACUAACUACUGUAUAAACAGAAAGCUUUUCCCUAAAAUGUGGAUGUUUCAGAGAUAAAGUAAAACCGGUCUGGGUCACAUUUAUUU